GAAAUCAUAUGUUCCGGUCUGAAAUAAUCUGAAGAGUUCUCAAGAAUAACAAGUGUCAAUUUAAUUCAUUCUUAAUAUUUUCCUCCUUAAAGUUCUUUCAAAAUCAAAGUGGAUGAACAAAAUAGCGAAAUUGAUUCAGGAUUGAAAUUCCCUUUCGUUUUCACUGCUACUUCGUAUUUCCAUGCUCAGUGCUUACUCUGUUGGCGUUACCAAACAUAUAUUCAUCAGUUUCCCCAGAAACCAUCAAAAUCGCUUGCAGAAGUCACUCUUUCGUUCCAUGUCCAUGAAUAAUCAAAGGGAAGUUCAAAGUGAAACUGAAAGUCACGUGCAUUACAACCAUACCGAUCCCUCCAAAUACGCAAGAUGGACUGCAAGGGAGAGUUUCCAAUUUAUGUAUGCAAGGCCUUGGCAACGAGUCAAUGAUUUUUACUUCAACAUUGUCCGUGCCAACUUGUCUCUGUCACUUCUCUUCCGACCCCAGACAAUUCUUGAUCACAAUGAUACUGGAAUUGCAGCACUUUCUGAUCAGAGUGAGUUGGAAAGUGUUGCAUCAGAGGAUCGCUCUGGGAGGUGGGCGAGGACGACGUUCAAAAUUAUUCUUUCGUAUCAUGGGGGUUCAUUUGAUGGGUGGCAAAAGCAACCAGGCUUGAACACUGUCCAAAGCAUUGUAGAAGCGUCACUUGGUAAGUUUGUUGAUGAAAAGAAAACACAACUGCUCAAGGAUAAAGGUUUGCCUAUUGAAGGUUGUGCUGUUGUUGCUGGUCGUACAGACAAAGGUGUGACAGGCCUUCAACAAGUCUGUUCUUUCUAUACUUGGAAGAAGGAUGUUAAGCCUAAAGAUAUUGAAGAUGCUAUCAAUCAAGCAGCUCUAGGAAAAAUUAGAGUCAUAUCAGUUUCUGAGGUAUCACGUGUAUUUCAUCCGAAUUUCUCUGCCAAAUGGAGGCGUUACCUUUAUAUAUUUCCACUCACUGAUGGGUACAGGGACCAAAGUAAUGACAAUGGGGAGUCAUGUGACAUUUCUAGAUAUAAUGAAAUGCAUGAUUCUUCCAGCAAGGACGAGAUAGAAAAUCAAGAGAAAUCUUAUGUGUUCAGCAUAAGCAAGGUAAACCGGCUUUUGCGAAAAUUAGAAGGAAAAUUGCUAUCCUACAAGAUGUUUGCUCGUGAUACAAAAGCUUCAAGAAAUGAAGGGGAAUUGCCAUUCAUUGAAUUGGCUGAUGACUGUCAUUCCAUUUCAGAGGUCCACCGACUGAGUGUUUUGUUUACCAUGCUCGAGCUAUGGAAGUCAAACUGCCAACAGCUGACUGUGGUGAAGAAACAAAGGUUAUGUGUGUUGAGCUGGUAGCUAAUCGCUUUCUACGAAAGAUGGUUCGGGUGCUUGUGGCUACCUCAAUUAGAGAAGCUGCUGCUGGUGCCGAAGAUGAUGCCUUGAUAAAGCUGAUGGAUGCCACGUGUAGGCGUGCUACUGCUCCUCCAGCCCCCCCUGAUGGUUUAUGUCUAGUUGAUGUUGGCUACACUGAAUUUAACCCUCAAAACUGCUUCAUUCUGAUACAGUAAAGCCCUUGUGCCUUCUACUCCCAUUCCUAAUCACAUUUACAGUGACAGUCACACUUGCAGAUUUUAAUCCAAUAUUUUGCAAUUAGAUCCUCUGAGAUGAAGCUUCCCUAGAUUACUUCCAAAAUUUGCAUUUUGGCUCGACUUUCUUAUACAUUUAGACUUUUUUAUUAUUAUUGUUUUAAACAUGCAGCAUCAAUUGUAGCCUUUUUUUUUAGAUGUUAUUGUUACAUGUGGUUUUGUCUCGCAGAUGCACGUGUACAUUUCUCACAUUGCAAUCUCUUGGUCCCUCAAAUCUAUUUUCAUAUAUUUGGAUCA